UGAUGGCAGUAACGACAGCGCCAAACCACACCAACAGCAAUAGCAGUGAUUUGCAAUUCGUUUCUCAGUUGAUCGCUUUGCUUUGACGGUAUUUGAAGCGAAAUUCGAAAAUUCGUGCUUUGAUUGAAUGCUAUUCGUCGUGUCGUGAAAAUUUGAAUAAAAAAAGUUAGCAAAAAACAAAAAAGAAAAAAUUUAUAAAAAUAAAAUCGUAAAAAAUUGCUGAACUGUCGAAAAAUCCUCCUCUGCACCCCCACCCGCGCAUAGCAUAUGCUAACCCACGCAUACAAGUAGAUUAGUGGCGCAAAGCAGCUGUCGAAUAUGGCGAUCGCACAAUCAACUGUCAUUGUCACAAUUGACAGCAAUGAAGGCAUCUUGGAAGAUAUGACGCCGGUGUUGCCUUCAAAUGUUGGUCAUUUGCUGGCAGAACCCGUUGAUAUACAAUGCCCAGCGUGCGGCAAGAAAUGCGUAACCCGUGUGGAGCGGCAGGCAGUGACGUUUGUGCAGAAAUUUGUGGCUGCGAUUAAUUUUUGCCUUUGUUGCAACCCCAUUAGCUGGAGCGGCCGACAUGACGUCAAUCACUAUUGCAGCGAAUGUGGGUGCUAUAUUGGACGCUACAUAACGUUGAGUUGGUAUAAGAAGCAGCUGUUCAAAAUGCAACGAUCGGAUGUUGUGCUCGAAAAUAAGUGGCAACGUUUUAGGAAGGUCGAAAAGGAAACACUUGACAGCAAAAUAAUCGCGAAACAGAUAGCGAGGGAGUUGACGAAAUUGAAGACGACAACGAGAGAGACGAACGCUUGAAAUUUAUUGGGAACCAAAUUUCCACGCAACAAAACCGGGAAAAUUCACCAUUGUCUGGUGAAAAUCUGCCUCAUUCUGAUGUUAACGAUGCAAAUACCAAUUUCGACCAAUCAAAUGAUGCAGGUCAGCAAAGUUGAAAACGAGCAUGGAUACGUAAUUACUGAACAAGGAAAAUUUUAUCAAUCAACUAACUUCACUAAUAAAAUUCUAACCGUAAACCGGACCGAAAUUGAGCUAGCAUACCAGAAACUUAAACAUGAGUUCGAUGAAAACAAAUUAUUACAAACGAAUAUAAUUACAAGAUACAUAAAAUUAGCUGAAAAAGAGAAAGAAAUGUUUCACAUUAGGCAUAAAAGAGGGCUUUUUAAUGCAAUAGGCAGCAGUUUAAAAUUUCUGUUCGGAACACUUGAUGAAGAGGAUAGAGCAACAAUGCAAAGGGCGUUAGAAAAUAUUCAGAAAAACCAAAUAAAUACAGAAGAAUUAAAUUCAAUCAUACAGCACAUAAAUGAGGAACAUAAAUUCUUUAAUCAACUCAAAAAUACUACUAAUUCACUACAGAAUCAAUUUACUCAAAAAAUAGUGUCAGAUACCUUUCUUAACACUAUCAAAAGUUACCUUGAGCAUAUACAGGACGUGCAAUUGGGUUUGCAAUUGGCCAGGCUGGGAAUCAUUAACUCCAAACUUAUUGACUUAGAGACAGCAAGUAAAAUUACAUCAGACCAAUUCGAGGAAAUAAGAACAUCAGUUUGGAAAACUGAGAAUAUUUUAUAUUUUGUAUUGUCUGUACCGCAAGAAAUAAGAACAUUGCCAAAACUUCGUAUUUUUCCGAUACCAAAUAGUCAACAUUUUGAAAUUAAAGUAGACCCUAACCAGGAAUACGUUCUUAUUAAUCAAACUUUGUACAAAAUAAAUAAUAAAAAAAAAAUUGGAAACCGAAAGUAAUGAAUGUAUAAGAAACAUAUUAAACAACAUAAACACCAAAUGCGAAUAUGCAAAAAAUACCAAAUCUGGGCUUUAUUAUUUCGCUCCAAAUAUAAUUAUCACUAAAAAUAUGAACAAAACGAAUUGUAUUCAAAACUGUAAUAAUCUUAAGUUAGAAAUAGCUGGCAAUAAUAUUAUAACUUUUGACAAUUGUAAGAUUCAAAUUAACGAUUUUAUAAUUGAAAUCGAAAAAAUUAAAGAUUUUGUAAAUCUAAUGCCAUAUGCUAAAGAAAUAAAACAAAUUGAAUUUGAAAAUAUAACGUUAACAGAUAUAAAGUUACACGUUGACCACAUUGAGAACCAAAAUGGUAAAAUCUCAAUAGUUUUAAUAAUAUCGAUUACUUUAGGCAUGUUACUAGUUGUUUUAUUUUUCUACAAUUCAAAAUGUA